AUGGAAAAGUCUACAGUGCAUUUAGAGAACAUUGAAAUUGAUGGUGUGGCUGAAACAAUGGGUGAGGGAAAGGCACAGGUGGCAGAUGAAGUUGAAGGGGUGUCAGGAAGUCCCAUCAGCUAUGGGUCAUUGUUGAAUAAUGUCACUAGAGUGGUGUUCCCUCUUCAAACCAGUAACAAGGGAAUAAAGAACAGUGAAAAGCCCAGCUGCCGCAGCCCUGGAUUCUGUUGCACAAGCUGUCUUCCUCCAUCCUCACUCUACGUACCCCUUACUUUAGCUUCUCAGCUAGGUUUAAGUUUAUCUAUUCAUGGGGCUGAAAAGCGUUUGCAAAUCCAUCAACGGCGAAGUGUUGCAAGCCGCCCAGGGUCACGUCGCCUGCCUGUGGUCAGGCAUUCCUCACUUCCACCAGGCAGAAGGUCAGUAAAAAUGGAGGCAAGCUCUUCUGGAAUCACUAAUGGGAAAACCAAAGUCUUCCACCCAGAAGGAGGUGUGGAUUUGCAAGGCUACCAGCUGGAUAUGCAAAUACUACCUGACGGCCCAAAGAGUGAUGUGGACUUUUCAGAGAUUCUUAAUGCAAUACAAGAAAUGGCCAAGGAUGUCAAUAUUCUUUUUGAUGAAUUAGAAGCUGUCAACAGUCCUUGCAAAGAUGAUGAUUCUCUGCUUCACCCUGGAAACCUGACCAGUACUUCAGAUGAUGCUAGCCGAUUGGAAGCAGGGGGAGAGACAGUGCCGGAAAAAAACAAAUCAAAUGGACUUUACUUCAGAGAUGGAAAGUGUCGAAUUGACUACAUUCUUGUGUACAGAAAAUCCAACCCACAGACUGAAAAGAGAGAAGUAUUUGAAAGAAAUAUUAGAGCAGAAGGAUUACAAAUGGAGAAAGAGUCCUCUCUAAUAAAUAGUGACAUUAUCUUUGUGAAGUUGCAUGCCCCAUGGGAAGUGCUUGGAAGAUAUGCAGAACAAAUGAAUGUAAGAAUGCCUUUCAGGAGAAAAAUCUAUUACCUGCCCCGCCGGUACAAGUUCAUGAGCAGGAUCGAUAAACAAAUAAGCAGGUUUCGGAGAUGGUUACCUAAGAAGCCCAUGAGGCUGGACAAGGAGACACUGCCAGACCUGGAGGAGAAUGACUGCUACACUGCCCCUUUCAGCCAGCAAAGGAUCCACCACUUCAUCAUACACAACAAAGACACUUUCUUCAACAAUGCCACAAGAAGUAGAAUCGUACAUCACAUUUUACAAAGAAUAAAGUAUGAAGAAGGAAAAAACAAAAUUGGUCUGAAUCGUUUGCUUACCAAUGGCUCCUAUGAAGCUGCAUUUCCCUUGCACGAGGGAAGUUACAGAAGUAAAAACUCCAUUAGAACCCAUGGAGCGGAAAACCACCGACAUCUGCUCUAUGAGUGCUGGGCCUCCUGGGGCGUGUGGUAUAAAUACCAGCCUUUGGAUCUUGUAAGGCGGUACUUUGGAGAGAAGAUUGGGUUGUAUUUUGCCUGGUUGGGCUGGUAUACUGGCAUGCUCUUCCCAGCUGCCUUCAUUGGAUUGUUUGUCUUUCUGUAUGGAGUCAUUACUCUGGAUCACUGCCAAGUCAGUAAAGAAGUCUGCCAAGCUACAGAUAUCAUCAUGUGUCCUGUGUGUGAUAAAUACUGUCCAUUCAUGAGGCUGUCAGACAGCUGCGUUUAUGCCAAGGUAACUCACCUCUUUGACAACGGAGCUACUGUAUUCUUUGCUGUUUUCAUGGCAGUCUGGGCAACAGUUUUCCUGGAGUUUUGGAAAAGAAGGCGAGCAGUAAUUGCUUAUGACUGGGAUUUGAUAGACUGGGAAGAAGAGGAGGAAGAAAUACGGCCCCAGUUUGAAGCCAAGUACUCCAAGAAAGAGCGGAUGAAUCCCAUUUCAGGAAAGCCAGAACCCUAUCAGGCAUUUGCAGAUAAAUGCAGCCGACUUAUCGUUUCUGCAUCUGGGAUAUUUUUUAUGAUCUGCGUGGUGAUCGCGGCCGUGUUCGGGAUCGUCAUUUACCGGGUGGUGACGGUCAGCACUUUCGCUGCCUUUAAGUGGGCGUUAAUCAGGAAUAACUCUCAGGUUGCAACAACAGGGACUGCCGUGUGCAUCAACUUCUGCAUCAUUAUGCUGCUGAAUGUGCUCUAUGAAAAAGUUGCACUUCUUCUGACGAAUUUAGAACAGCCUCGCACAGAAUCUGAGUGGGAGAACAGCUUCACCCUGAAAAUGUUUCUUUUUCAGUUUGUCAAUCUGAACAGCUCCACGUUUUACAUCGCAUUCUUCCUUGGAAGAUUUACAGGACACCCAGGUGCCUACUUGAGGCUGAUAAACAGAUGGAGACUAGAAGAGUGCCACCCUAGUGGAUGCCUUAUUGAUCUCUGUAUGCAAAUGGGUAUUAUAAUGGUGCUAAAGCAGACCUGGAAUAAUUUCAUGGAACUUGGCUACCCGUUAAUUCAGAAUUGGUGGACCAGAAGGAAAGUACGACAAGAACGUGGACCUGAAAGAAAAAUAAGUUUCCCACAGUGGGAAAAGGACUACAACCUUCAGCCCAUGAACGCCUAUGGACUCUUCGAUGAAUACUUAGAAAUGAUUCUUCAGUUUGGAUUCACAACUAUCUUUGUGGCAGCUUUUCCCCUAGCACCACUUCUGGCCUUACUGAACAACAUAAUUGAAAUCCGACUUGAUGCUUACAAAUUUGUCACACAGUGGAGACGACCUUUAGCUUCAAGGGCCAAAGACAUAGGAAUUUGGUAUGGAAUUCUUGAAGGCAUUGGAAUUCUCUCUGUUAUUACAAAUGCAUUUGUCAUAGCAAUAACAUCUGACUUUAUUCCUCGCUUGGUGUAUGCUUAUAAGUAUGGACCUUGUGCAGGUCAAGGAGAAGCUGGACAAAAGUGCAUGGUUGGCUAUGUGAAUGCCAGCUUAUCUGUGUUUCGAAUUUCUGACUUUGAGAACCGAUCUGAGCCUGAGUCUGAUGGCAGUGAGUUCUCGGGGACUCCUCUCAAGUACUGCAGAUACCGAGACUACCGUGACCCUCCUCAUUCACUGGUGCCCUAUGGCUACACACUGCAGUUCUGGCACGUCCUAGCAGCUCGAUUGGCUUUUAUCAUUGUGUUUGAGCAUCUCGUGUUUUGUAUAAAGCACCUCAUUUCAUAUCUGAUCCCAGACCUCCCAAAAGAUCUAAGGGAUCGAAUGAGAAGAGAAAAAUACUUGAUUCAAGAGAUGAUGUACGAAGCAGAACUGGAGCGUCUCCAGAAGGAACGAAAGGAGAGGAAGAAAAAUGGAAAAGCACACCACAAUGAGUGGCCAUGACCAGGUAACAGUUCAUUUCCAAGCCAAGGACCUGAAACCUGUUUACUUCUCCCAGCUGUGCAAAAGCACAUUCAAGUGAAUGACUAAAAUGCAACCGCAGUGCAUGUCGCAGACAUUGGCAGCAGCAGGGGAGUCAGCACCCUUAAAGGACUACCUGGGAAAUCAUGCUGCUGUGAAAUCACGUUGCAGCACACAAUUGCUCUCUAUCCAUAGACCAUUCUUGACCAAGCAAGCAUGCACAUCAUGGGCAGUUACAUUCUCAAGUUUUUAAAACCAAGGGGAACUUGUAUACUGGGCCUGUUUUUCAGCCUGUUUGCUACCUUUUUUGCAUUCUGCCCCAUGUGAAUUUUACAGACACUGGGCUAAUAAGGGUAUUCAGACACCUGGACACACAUUCCUGGAAUGUCAUUAUAUGGUCCUAAUUCCACAUCACUGAACGAUACAGACAAGACCCUGUUUACAACUUUUUCUUUUUUUUUUAAUUUCAGAUCUUUCUGAGGAGAUUAUUAUAUAUGACAUAUCUAUAGCUAUGUGUAUGGCCAUAGAUGUAUUUCUGUGUGUACAUAUGUAUAGUCAUGUAUUCUUACAUAUGUACAUACAAAUACAGAGAUAUAUAAAGUACAUAGAAAUUCCUUACUUGUAAAUAGCCAAAGGGUACUGACAUGAAUGACAAAUUUUCACAUUUAAAUAGUCAUCAACAUGAAGCCAUGUUUAAUGCUUGUAUAAUGUGAUGCAAUAAAAUUUAAAAUAAAUUUAUGCACAUGGAAUAUUUUCA